AUGUUUGAGACACUAUGCCAGCUGGGCUGGAUUUGUUUUGGCAAUGUGCUUGCUCCUGCCUUGCAGACCUAUGCCUUGUGGUGCAUUUGGUCGUUCUGUGAGGAGUUGCGUGUGGGCAUCCAUGCUCCAGCGCUCGAGGACCUGGUGAUUGGUCAGGACAAGGUCUUCUUGUGGAAUCCUCAGGAACCCUUGAAGCAAAGUAUGAGGAGCGCACAGUAUGGCGCUGUUCCUGUUGGAGGAGAACACCCGAUCUUCGGCAGCGAGCACGAAACAAACUAUCCGCCUCCACGGAUGUACUGA